AUGGAGCCGGGCUAAGCUCACUGUGCGGGGCUGGAGGGCGCGGGGAGCCGGCCGGGAAGGGUCCCGCCCCCACCGCGCUCCCCUUCUCUCCGCGCCCCGCUCCUGUCUCCGAGGACAGGUCGGGGCUGUUCUCCGGCUGCCCUGCGCCUUGAUUUGGAGAGCUGGGGCUCUUUGUGGGAAGAUGUUGGGGGCGCGCUCCUCUGCUGCGGCCUGGGGCUUCUUAGAGGCCCACCCCAUUCUGCUGGGUGCAGCCUGCCCCGUUUCUCUGGCGCCGCCCGAAGCCCCCUACCCAGUCCGCUAGAUGGGAGGGCAUCGGUGCGUGCCCGGGAUUCGGCCGAAGCGGGCCGCGCCCCCUGAGACCAAGAGGCUCCACGUCCUGCUCCCGGCAAAGGGUGUGGGGAGAAGCGGUCACGCCCCUCGGCUGGAAUCCGUGAGGACCAGUGAGCAACCUUCUCCCAGCCGCCUGGUGCACUGGGAGUCCUCUGAGAGGUAAAGGAGCACUGUGUGGUCUGAGGGCUGUGAGCUCACUGCAUGGGUUCAGAGGAAGACAAAAUGGGCUGAACUGGAACUGACCUAAAUGUCAGCAGGAGUAGUCAUCCAGCAUGCUCUGCCCCCCCCAUGCCGAGGUGCACUGACCAUGAGCCUCAACUCCUCCCUCGGCUGCAGGAAGGAGCUGAGUAACCUCACUGAGGAGGAGGGCGGCGAAGAGGGGGUCAUCCUCACCCAGUUCAUCGCCAUCAUUGUCAUCACCAUUUUUGUCUGCCUGGGCAACCUGGUCAUCGUGGUCACCUUGUACAAGAAGUCCUACCUCCUUACUCUCAGCAACAAGUUCGUCUUCAGCCUGACCCUGUCCAACUUCCUGCUGUCCGUGUUGGUGCUGCCUUUCGUGGUGACAAGCUGUAUCCGCAGGGAAUGGAUCUUUGGUGUCGUCUGGUGCAACUUCUCCGCCCUCCUCUACCUGCUGAUCAGCUCAGCCAGCAUGCUAACCCUCGGGGUCAUUGCCAUCGACCGGUUGUUGAACAUCCCUUCUUGGGCCCUGGGUCCCGUGGAACAUGGAGUGAGGAUAAACAGUUUAGCUGCAGAGAUGGAGAGCUGGUCUCUAGGUGCCCCUCUCAGAACUGUGUCUGUAUGGAUGCUCAGUGAGCAUGCUGGGGGCAUCUGCAGGGCCCGAGUGAUCCUCUUCCCACCUNUCAUCACCAUCCUGGUGGUCCUCGGUGCCUUCAUGGUCACCUGGGGCCCCUACAUGGUUGUCAUUGCCUCUGAGGCACUCUGGGGGAAGAGCUCCAUCUCUCCGAGCCUGGAGACUUGGGCCACAUGGCUGUCCUUUGCCAGCGCUGUCUGCCACCCCCUGAUCUAUGGACUCUGGAACAAGACGGUUCGCAAAGAACUACUGGGCAUGUGCUUUGGGGACCGGUAUUAUCGGGAGCCGUUUGUGCAGCGACAGAGGAAUUCCAGGCUCUUCAGCAUUUCCAACAGGAUCACAGACCUGGGCCUGUCCCCGCACCUCACGGCGCUCAUGGCGGGCGGUCAGCCCUUGGGGCACAGCAGCAGCACGGGGGACACUGGCUUCAGCUGCUCCCAGGACUCAGGGACAGAUGUGAUGCUGCUUGAGGACUACACGUCUGAGGACAGCCCUCCCUCUCACUGCACUUGCCCACCCAAGAGAAGGAGCUCAGUGACAUUUGAGGAUGAAGUGGAACAAAUCAAAGAAACUGCCAAGAACUCGAUUCUUCAUGUGAAAGCUGAGGUACACAAGUCACUGGACAGUUAUGCAACCAGUUUGGCCAAAGCCAUUGAGGCCGAAGCCAAAAUCAACUUAUUUGGGGAGGAGGCUUUGCCAGGGGUCUUGCUCACAGCACGGACUGUCCCAGGGGCUGGCUUUGGGGGCCGCCGAGGCAGCAGAACUCUUGCGAGUCAGAGGCUGCAGCUGCAGAGCAUCGAAGAAGGGGAUGUUUUAGCCGCUGAGCAGAGAUGAAGCCCUGGGGUGCCUUGGGGCUGCAGCCCGGGAGGCCGGCCUGAGGAGGAGUUCCCAUCACCGUCUGUGCCGUGGCCUUGGGAGCACGUCACUGUGUACAGCUGGCCACACACAGGGAAGGAGCAAUAUCUGGUGUGCAGCCACCAGGACAAGGGCUGAAAAUAAUGUCUACCGUCUAUGCUUCAGCGUUUCCAGAGACCACAUGUGAGCUUCUUUUAGGUCCCAGUGAUGGGACCAGAACAUCUAAAGCAAAAAAAAAACACACACACAAAAAACCCAAAAAUCAAACAAACCAACCACAUAUAGAGAUGUGGCCGUGGCUUUUUGGGAGGUGGGCCACGGGAGGACCAGAGAUGAAGGGCUUGGAAGGAGAUCCCCACAUGCAUCAUUUUCUCCUCUUCACACCUGUGUGCUGGGAGUCCAGCCGUGCACUGUGCCAGAGCCCUCAGGAGGAGAACCCUCUCAGUGUACUGUGGAGGAUGGCACAACACUACUUCCUAAUGACACGCGACCAUCCUGGUGCUUCUGCAUGGUUGAUGCGGGCAGUGUGGGACCCUGAGUUCUCGACUAACUGGUCCGCAGAGAGAGCACCCAGGAGCAGAGCGCUUCAGAGCAGCCUCAGCGGCGCCACCUGCUGGUGCUAGUAGGGGCAGCCACAGGCCUCUUGAGGACGGGCCCACCCUGCCCACUGCCCUACUGACAAGUUCUUUUGUAUUUCAAAAGGGAGAAACCACUAUAAAAGACAGGAGGAAUGGCAGACACUAGGUGUUUCGUUUCUAGAAUUAAAAAUAAAUCCAUUUAAGACGCACAACUGUUUUACCAGGACUGCAUGGGACUAGUGAAAAGCACAGCCAGGAAAUAGAGAAACUGUUACUUGUUUACAUGGGAAAGCCUAAUUAGACUCUAUGUGUGAUGUGUGAGUGACUGAUGAAAAUACAGCUGUCUUCGGUUCCGCAGGGCACACUCCCGAAAGCAACAGUUACUAUUAUUACAAGCCUGGCGUAAAAGAAGAUAGAAGCCUUGGACUCAGAGCCAGGAAACCCGGGUUCUUGGCCCAUCACUGUCUUCGUGUACGCUUGUCAUUUGGGACAUCCUGUCACGUUUCUAGGUUCUCUAUAAAGUGGGAAAAAGGACGGGGGAGUUGGUUUGGUCUCCAAGAUCAUUUCCAGCUCUCAUUUUUAAUGUUGUCUGGAUUUGUAAAGCAGAGAUAGAAAAAACACAAAAGCAGAGCCACAGACUGACCUCUGUUUAACUCUGGAAUGUGGUUGCUCAUGUACAUGUGAAGUGCGACCAGAUCGGGGUUCUGUGGCCUUGUCUGCCUUGCCCAUUAGAGCACAGUCUGGAUAGAAUGCCAGCCACCAAGAUGCGUGAGGGGCAGGGUCACCACCUCAGAAGGGGAAGCACAGGCAUGUGAUUGGGAUGGUUAGACCUCUCUUCUCCUCCCUUUGAGUUGGAACAGCAGUUGACGUUUGGUCCUGGAGUCAUUGCUAUGAUGCCUGGGGAAGCCGCUGGAUCUCCUCUUGCGUCUGCCCUUCAGCCUGCGUGAAUAAAUAAGUUCAGGACUUCUCUGCUUUGGUUGGCAGAAGGUAGAUUCCAAGGAGAUCUUGGUGGCUGCUAAGAGGUAGCUAUUCUAGAAAGUGAAUUAAAUUACCCUUGUGUUGCUUUCUUUGGGGCCUAGCUAGCUCCUGGUGAGGUAGUGUCUCUGUGUUGUGUGGCAGAAACCAGUGGUUAGCUGGUCCCCUGGUCUGCAGUUUAAUCAAUGACCUUUCAUGAGGCCUGGAGUCUUGCUACCUGUGAUGACUGAACUCAACAACUAUUCCGGGUCACCUGGGUGCCAGGCACUGGCCUAGCUUCUGGAAGGGAGUGGGAAGGUGCAGAGGGCAGGUUCACCUGUGCAGGUCAGACACUCCGCUUCCAUUACUGAAUGGCAUUGCUAAGUCUGCUUGUAGUUCACGUUUUCCAUAUAUAUUCUCUGUAUGUAUUUUUUCUGGCACUUGUCUAGUUUCUGAAGGGACCAUAUUCCUGAUCAGCUAGUGUACACAGAGGUGGAACAGGGCAGAGAGACCUUUAUCUCUAGGAUGGGUUGCUGGUUAGGUAUAGGCAUACUUGAGUGCAGCCACUUGGCUUUGAAACCCAAGGAUGGGAUAAAGCUCCCCUGACUGUACUAGAUUGGGCUCCAGGGAAAGAACCCUCAGACCGCCUCCCACUCCCCCACUGACCCCACACUAGCUGGGAUAUAACAGAAUUUAAUCUAAAUGAAUCUAGAAAUAUUGUAUUUCACAAAAGGAUUCACUGUAUUUCCCUUUUUAAAAUAUAUUUUACUGAGGUCCAAUUCAUUUAGUUACCUACCAGACACUGCACAUCCACUUUGUGCAAAGCACCUGGCUAGGCGCUGUAGGCAAAACCACUGAAGUGUGCACUCUCAUUUAGGGAGCAGGACCUGGAGGAUACUGAUUCUAAUAACUAGCAAAGAAGUCAAGUAGUGCUUAUAGAAAGAAGUGCGGUUUCAGAGGGAGGUAGAUAUUUCCAACUGUGGAAUUAGGGAUGGCUCCGUGAGGUAGGUGACAGUUUGAGCUAAGUCUUGGAGGAUGUUUGGCAGCUAGAAUCAUAUUUUUCAUAUUCAGGAAUUCAAAUUUGCCUUUAUUCAGCUAGAGAGAGAGAGAGAAGGGGUGGGUGGGGGAGAAGGAAAGAAUUUUCACACAUUCUGAAGUUCCCAAGAGGCAUUUUUGAGGAUAUCUGCCAUUAGUGCAGAAGGUCAAAGCCCCAUGUACCCCCACUAAACCCUGGCUCAUUAGCUGUAAACUGCUGUGCAGUGACCUGCAGCCUUCCUGAUGGGACCACGUGGACAGCAGCACAUGAAACAUUUUGCUACUUACUAGCUUCAACACCUCAGUCCUGUGUCUUGUGGUUUUGACAUGACCACAUUUAGAACUGCUGCCCAUCUCUGCUUCUUUCACUGAGAUUUCUGCCUUACUGGGUCCCUGUGCUAUGCCACAGAUAUCACAUUUGGGGUGGUUUUGACCCAGAAGGCAUUGGGAGUCCCACAUUACAGAGCACACGCACAGCUCAGCACAGCCAUUUCCCCGGCCAGAGGCACCAAGAGUGAAGUUCAGGCCCUUAGACACUAGGUGGCAGCGGCGUGGCUGUGCAGAGCUAAGGAUGAACCUGAGCGCUUUUUUGCCUCUGGCUGAGCGCUCGUUUUGAAUUCCUUUGCCCUCAUCGUGUAGUCCAGGGCCUUGGUGACCAAGGACCACCUGGCUAGCCUGCUUACAUGCAUGACCCCAUCCAGGUUCACAGGUCUUGCCACUGAGUGAUGUUAGAUAGAUCACUGCUCCUGGAGAAGCAGAGUUGAGGAGUGCAAGACAAGGGCCAUCUGGUGCCCGUGUUCCUUGAUUCUCAUUUGGGGAGCUACUACGUGGUCUUUCUGUAAACAAGUGAGCAACCAGUGAGACUAAAUAUUUGCAAUAGACAGGCUAAGGAAUUUGGGUUGAGACAGGAGAGGGAGGAAAUGUGCUUUGAUAAAUGACAGAUUAUUAGUCUGUUCAGAUUUACCUAUGUAUUUUUCCAUCCUGACAAUAUGCCACUUAGAUACCUGCAAAUUAGACAUGUCUCUGGAUAAACCACAAGAUAUACACUCACGACACAUGUUCAGGCUUGAGCACUGGCUGUGUCCUGUCUGCAAGGAACUCUGAGGAUGGUGUGGCUAUAAAGAGGGGGCAGUGAGCUGGCAUGUGAGUGCCUACUGUGGGCCGGACCUGUUUGACAUUUGAGUGCCUGUGAUGUGCUAGGUGCUGUGUUAGGUACUUCCAAAUGCUUUCUCUCAUUUCACUGCAGUGCAGAUGUGACAUAGUGGGGAUGGUGAAGACAGGUAUGGUUAAGUUGUGAGUUCAGAUCCUGUACUUCCACUUAUUACCUGGGUGUUUUCAAGCAAGUCACGUAGUAUUUCUGCUUGAGUUUCCUCAUCUUUGAAGUUUCGUCAUCUGUUUCUGUGCGGAGACACACAGAAUUGAGGGAGGCCUCCAUCGCAGGGUGAUUGUCUGGAUUCUAUGGGGAAAUACUUGGAAAGCCUGCAGCACAAUGCCUGGGGUGCAGCUGAAGCUGGGCCACUGGUGUUUCUUCACAGUGUCUCCGUGCAGAGGGUGUAUUCUUGUUUUACAGGGAUCUCUAUAACGCAGUGAGAAUCUUGAAAAGACAACUGUUACCCAAAUGGAAGGUGUUAAAAGUUGUUGCCAUGGGAAUUAUCCUAUUUGUUGCACAGCAAGGAAGGACUUUUGGGGAAGCAGGGAUGUGGUGAGGAAGAGAAGGCAAUAGAGAGGAGAGAGGAAAGACUAAGUAGCAUCUGGAACCUGAAAGGUCUAAGGGAGCCGAAAUGAGAUUUUCUAUUAAAAAUGUCUAUGCCACUGGCCUGUUUAUACAAAAAUAAAAUAAUUCUAAUUUGUCCUGAAUGACUAUCAAAGAUGAUCAAACCCCCAGGGCCUGGUGUAGCCUUCCAAAUCAUAGCACAAAUACAGCUUGACCUUCCUUACAGUCCAGAAGGGACAUUCUCCCUGAGAAAUGCCCUUGGCUGCUGAGGACAGCUCUGUUCUGUAGUGACAGAGUGAAUGCCUGGCUGUGGCUCUUGGGUUCACAGAAUCCCUAAUCCUCCAGGCCCCUAAGAGGCAAGGCAGGGAUGCUACUCACAAUAUAUGCAGCACCCCAGAUGGAGCCUGUGGGAGAGAGAGAGGAAAUCACCAUCUUCACCCUAGGCAAAGGAGAAUGGUUGUGAUCAGCCAUAUAUGCCUGCAAGAAGGAGCAGAGCCAUAUUGUUCUUGUGGGUUGGGAGAGGGGACACAGAAUCCAAGGAAAUUGUCUGAGGUCUCAAGCCAGAGUCAGAGCCAAACUCCAGGUAUUGGCCAAAUGGCUGAGAAAAGCAAGGAGCCAGUCUUACCGGUCAAGGAAGAUGAGGGAUAGUUGAGAGUCAUCAGUAUCAUAGAACAGGCCAGCAGGGCUUUAUUAAGUAGGUAGAACUAUUGUAAACCAAGGAUCAUGGGAGAUAUUAAUAUCUGCUGGCCAGACCUAAAAAAUACUGAAAGCCCAAGGAAAGUGACUGGACUCACUGGAAAGUAUCUAACAAAUACUUUGGAUUCCGUAGUAUUUCCAGUACAUUGAAGGUUCCUUUGAAAAUAUCAAAGCACAAACUCAAAUCUGCACAAGAUUAUAAAAAGCACAAUUUUGGUCAAUGUUGUUUUUAGGAGAACAUAUAGACAAAGCUGUGUUCAUUUCCCUCAGCAAGCAUUUUCCUGGAAAACAUUAAUAGCUUAAGAAUCAAAUGCCACUUUUGUUUUUCAUUCUUUCACUAGUUUGAAAUACCACAAAUCACAGGUGAGUCAUCCCUCCCAGAGGAAAAGACAGUCUAGGGAGGAUCACAGGCCCCGGCAGACAAGGCCACACUGAGAGCAGGAGGAAACUGCAUGCUUAAGGGACGGAGUACCGUGCUGUGUUCUGAUAAUGGACCCCUGGAUGCAGAAAACAAAAAACCCAAGCUAAUCCUGAAAUAUAUUUAACUUGAAGUCUUUGGAUUUUGUUAAGAUUAAAAAAUGUUUAGGAUUAUUAUAAAUCAAUAUUUAUAAACAAGCAAAAGUGUAUUUAGAAUUGUUGACCUGAUUAAAUAUGUUUUUGCUAUGUGUA